AUUCGUUCCCUUGUUGUCUGUUGGUGGAGGAGGGCUGGGCGACCGACUACUGAGCUAAAUAAAUGGCCAAUCCUUGUAUCCGUCAAUGAGAGAUGUUCCAGCGGAUAGCUCGAUUGGAUAGACCAGCUGUCAAUCAAGUAGACGUUUCGACACAGCGCGCUUUAGGCUUAUUGAGUCUGCGCUAACAGAAAGGAGGAGGUUCCCGAAUAGACUCCUUUAUUUAUUUCUUUGUUUCCAGUGGGGAAAAUAAUAACAGCAGACACAUACCACAGCCACUUCAUUCAUUAUCUUUGUCCGUUUACACAAGAAAACUGGAUAAGAUUACAGUGGUUACUCGAAGGCCAAAGCCAAGAGGAGGAGGAUGAAGCGGCGCAAUGCGGACUGCAGCAAACUCCGACGGCCGUUAAAACGGAACCGAAUCACUGAGGGUAUCUACGGCAGGUAAGCUACAUCAAGUCUGGAGACGGGAUCGUUCUCUUGAUAAUCACGGGGGUCGCUAAAUGGGGAUCCUCGUGGCCUGUAUGCCCAGCAACGCGAAACUUUCUCUUGUUAACAUUGAUGUCAAUGAACUGACACUCUAAGUUAGCUCAUUAACGUAGCACAUAGCUAAUGAAAGCUAGGUGUAAGCUAGCAGUAUGUUUUCGUUGUAGCUACAUUAGCUGGAGACUCUGGAUGUGGAGCUAGCUGUAGCGUUAGGCCCCAAUACAGCCUGUUUUGAACCAUAUCACAGCGUCCUUCUCAGUACAACGAUACCGCUUGUAAUACCCUGGUGUUAUUUCUUCAGAUAAACACAAUAAUUAUCUAUCUAUUCCAACGCCAUUGUCAUUUGCUAGUUACGACCAUAUUAGCGGCUUCACUUUAAGCUAGCUAAGGUAACUUGUACUCUCUAACACUGAGUCACAGCAGCGCUAUCUACUUGACACCCGUUUCCCUACAUACGCUGCACCUAUCCGGCAUAGGUUAAGAUCAACAUCUAUGAACUAACUUGACAGUAGUCAUUCAGGCUGUAUUUCGGAAAGUGCGGCUCUGUAAAGUUAGGAUAGAUUGUAGUUAUGAGGUAGAGAAAGAUGUUAGCUGAGUUGUCUUUAACAGGUUUAUCUCCUGUCAUAACCAGGCUCAAUGGCUAUGACAAACGGACGGGAGAACGAAUUAACAAACAAAAUUUAUUUACAAUUUGAAAUAAAGGAAACGAAGAAAAACUACAGGUAUGAGGUGUGUUAGUCUGUAUUAUCAGUAGUGUGGAUGUGGUUGUGUAAGAAUGGUGUGGUGCGAGGUGUUGAGAAGUGCACUACCAAAAGUAACUUAAGAAAAUGUGAAUGAUGAUCUGCAGGCAGCCAAGCAGAGCAGGAUGCCGAGUGGCAGGGCAGAGAAGGCCAGACAGGUACCGCAAGAGAGCAAGGACAGGCCUCAGGAAGUUAAAAUGUCGAAGUUGGAGCAGCAGGCACAGGUGCUCCACAUCUGAGCAGAUUUCAAUGAGCCACUCCAGGCACCUCAAAAGAGAGCAGACAGAUAUGUCACAUCUCCAGUUUACACAUCCACACAAGGACCGUCACAUUCCCCCCAUAAAGUCGGGGCUCCAUAGGAGUCACUGGCUCCAAACCACCAGGACAAAACCCACAAAUCUAUAGUUACAAACAAACAAGUGAUCAAAAACCCACUACCAAAACCCACAAGACCAGUGAUGGACAAGAGAAGUAUAUACAUAACCAAUAUUUUAGGUCAGCCCAGCAGUGUGCAGGAGAGAAUGUCCCACCCACUCUCAGUAACCCCGGUACCCGAGAAGCAGAUUAAGAGAGACAAGCAGACAGCAACAAUAGUUUACACAUCCACACAGGGGCUGUCACACUCCACUGCCAGGUCUUCCCCCUGUUUAAACUCUGACACGUUUGCGAAAACCAAAUAGUAAAAGGGUGAAACAUGUGGUAUUUGGGCAUAGAAAUAGACGACCCCCCCUACAUUUUCAAGUAAGUGCCCACAACACAAAACACCUGAGCUUUAAAGGGUCCCAGUGCUAAAACAACAACAAAAAAUGUCGACCGUAAACAGAACUGAACCUCAGAGACUAUGACACCCUCAGUCAGUAGUCUUUAUCUGGACUCUGCUUACGGUCUACAUGCAUACUAUUUUACUAUUUUGUGUUGUAUAAAGUGUAUAAACUUGUAUAUUAUCUCUUUAUUUCUACUUAUUUUAUCUAUUAAUAAUCUCUUUCUACUUUAUUUGCACUGGAGUUACUGUGACAAAAAGCAAUUUCCCCCUGGGGAUUAUUCAAGUGUUUCUGAUUCUGAUCUGAUCCAUCGUAAAGCGAUGUCUUGACUCAUUGCGUUAGGAUCUUGUGAGCACUACAUUCUAACUCUUAAGUGCAGUCCUUUCCAGAAAUAUUAAUGCCUAUUUUCACACAUUUGGAGUUUCAAACACAAAAGCUGAGAAGAAAAUUGUUAAGGGCAAAUUCUAAACAUCCUGUGACUGUUUUUUUUUCCUUUAGUACCUUCCUGUACCUGAAGUUCUUGGUGGUGUGGGCCCUGGUUCUACUUGCAGAUUUUGUACUGGAGUUCAGAUUUGAGUACCUCUGGCCUUUCUGGCUUUUCAUCCGGAGUGUGUACGACUCCUUUAGAUACCAGGGGCUGGUGAGUGGCAAUAUCCUUAUACUUGUUAUGCUGUCAUAAAGGCGGUGAUACAGCUGCUGAUGCUAGGUGAAGCAGUGUUUUCGGCUUUUCUUGGUUCAACAUGUGUCCUUUAGAUCAGUGGUUCUCAAGUCCAGUCCUGGAGGCCCACUGUCUUGCAUGUUUUAGAUGUUUCCCUGCUCCAACACACCUGAUUCAAAUGAUUAGCUCGUUAUUAAGCCAUUGCAGAGCUUGAUAACGAGCUGAUCAUUUGAAUCAGGUGUGUUGGAGCAGGGAAACAUCCAAAACAUGCAGGGCAGUGGGCCUCCAGGACUGGACUUGAGAACCACUGCUUUAGAUGAAACAUUAGAUAGAGAACUAGAUACAAAUAUGAACAGGGUUAAAGGGGUUACCCUCCAACUGAUAUGUAGAGAUUUAAGGGUAUUCUUCAUUGCAGUUGUGCUGUCACAAAGAUUAAGUGACCCCACCGUUGUUGCCUUUCUACAGCAACUUGAUUUCUUUGAUUUUAUUAGCUGUUAACACUACCUGAGCAAACCAAAAUAAAUCUUUUACUGGACUUAUCAUGUAUUUCUUGCAAAUAUUUAGCCAUCAUAGUUUCUUUUUGUAAGAGUUGAUCAAUUCUGAGUAGUGGUUUUUAAUUAAAUGCUUUGUUAUGGUUUGUGUUUGUUAGAGUGCCUCAGUCCCCAAGAGAUGCAGGAAGAGUUUAUGUUUAAUUUUGAUUUUAUUCUUAAAACUAUUCAUGGUACAAUUUUCAUUGAUGAUUUAGGUAAAUUACACGGUAUCAGAUCAACCUAUUAAGAAAAAAAAUAGCUGCAGGGGCAUACCUGUGUAAACAGGGGUUCAACGUCAUAAGGAUUGGUUUUUAUCCUGGAAUCCCUCUUUCAGGCUUUGUUAAACACAAGAAUCACAAAAACAGUUUGCAGUAUAGAACACUUGCAGUGACUAACAGAUUAAACCAGGCAAUUAGUAUAUUUGUUUUGCAAUAUAAAUUGCUGAUUAAUGUGACCACACAUCCUCUUCUCAACAGGCCUUCUCAGUAUUCUUUGUGUGUGUUGCGUUUACCUCGGACAUCAUUUGCCUCCUCUUCAUCCCAGUGCAAUGGCUGUUCUUCGCUGCCAGUACCUAUGUGUGGGUGCAGUAUGUCUGGCACACAGGUAAUUUAUCUACUAUUUAGGUGUCUCAGUAACUGUUGAUAUUGAUACUUUGUUGAAGAAAUGGAUGAAAUUAACUUGUGUUUUGCAAAAAGGCUCACAUUAAUCAGGAAUGAAAAAUGUCCAAUUUGUUUCUGAAUGGUUCUGUUAAAAAGGGAAUUUGGCAUUUUUCAACCUGGGCCCUAUUUUCCCAUGUGUUUGGGUGUCUGAGUAAUGGGGGAUUUUCAAAAUUUCUAUAAUUGGUCCAGUAUUGAGGGAGCAGCUGUUAGCUGCAAACAAGCUGAAAACAUGGUUUAAUGCAAAUAAAUCAUUGUUGAAUCUUGAAAAAAAAAAAAAAAAAUAAUGAUAUUAAGUAACAGAAGUAGAGGCCCGUAUGCCUCAGUUAUUAUAGAUGGUAUUGAAAAUAAUAGAUGUUUCCCUGCUCCAACACACCUGAUUCAAAUGAUUAGCUCGUUAUUAAGCCAUUGCAGAGCUUGAUAACGAGCUGAUCAUUUGAAUCAGGUGUGUUGGAGCAGGGAAACAUCCAAAACAUGCAGGGCAGUGGGCCUCCAGGACUAUAAAUCAUUGUUGAAUCUUGAAAAAAAAAAAAACAAAUUUCAUGAUAUUAAGUAACAGAAGUAGAGGCCCGUAUGCCUCAGUUAUUAUAGAUGGUAUUGAAAAUAAUAGAGUAAGGGAAACAACAUUUUUGGGUGUCAUCUUGGAUGAGGAUUUGAGUUGGAAACCACAAAUUAAUGAUAUAAAUGUAAAAAUACCAAGAACAAUUGCUAUGUUAAAUAAGGCAAAGGAUUCAUUAGAUAACAAAGCAUUGCACAUUUUACACAGAUAAUAUAAUAUAUAUUAUAAAAUGAAACAUGACUUUUAGUGUUGGCUGAAAAUAAUUUUAUUAUUAUUACUAUUUUGCUGCUUAUUUUGUUUUUUUUUUAAUUUAAGUUCUUUGUGAUUUGACGCCUCGGGCAAAAAGGGGAGAUUUUAAGAUUUUUCUUCUGUCAGCUCCCUUUCAUGCAGAUUAUGGAACUUAAGUGUGUACUGUAUAUUAAAAUAUCUUGAUUUUAAUGAAUGAAAUGAACAUUUAAAUAAAAUAGAUUAAUCAGCAUAAUUUGAUCACGCAACUAUGCAUCGUUAUACUGCAUCCUACAAGUGCUUUAUUUUACCAAUGAUAGGCUCAGAGUGUUAUUAUAAAUUCUCUGAAGUGGUCACACAGUAUUGUGUGUCCGAGGUAUCUCCUCCAGACACAACACCACUGAUGUUCACCAUCAACAGGUCCCACUCAUCACAACACAGACAUUCUUCCUCUGUGGGCAGUGGAUCACAGCACUCAUAGUAACACCACCACUUUCCCAAGCUUCGUGGCCUUGAAUCAGCUGUUUCGCCCUCCUCUCUCUCCUCGUUUGCUGAUCAGCUUGUUGGAACUCUUCAUCAGUAUGCUCCGGUAUCGGCUCAGUAAUUACAGUCGGCCAUCCUAUUCAAAGACCUCAUCCAAGCUGUCAAAAUCAGGCAAAUAUUCAUCCAUGUUUCUAAAAAAGAAACUAUGCUAUGUUACUGUUCUUAAACAAACUCUGGUCCAGUCUUGGUGCCUGUCUGACUCUCCCAUUGUCACUCACGUGUCCUCUGUUGUCUUCCUGCAACAAGUAAGAUCUCUUAAGACAUUAGAACGACACAUCUCCAUCGAUAAGAUUUGGUUGUACACAAACAGGCACAAGUGGAAGGUAAGGGAAACCCCUGCUGUUCCAUUCUCGGGACUUGUAAUAACAAUCUGGGCCUGUCGGUGGUAAAAUGAAGCACUCGUAGUGGACACAGUGACGAUGUGCCAUAGUCCAGUCAAAGUACUUUUGAGCUUGUUUCACAGCUGCUGGCUGCUCUGCCCUCCCUCAAUACUGGACCCAUUUCAGACCUAGUCAAAUGUUCCCCCCCAACAGUCAAACACACACAAACACAUAGGAAAAUAGGGCUCAGGUUGAAAAAGCCAUACCCAUGAGAAGAAAGGAAAAAAAGCCUUUGUUAUAUUUGAGUAUGAGACAUCAAGAGAAGUAAUUACAUGGGUUUAAGUAAGUCUUGGACCACAGUUACUCUUAAAACUACCACUGUUAUGUAGUAUUCUUUCUGUUGGCGCUACAGGGAAAGGCAGGUGUGAAAAGGUUUAUGCUGUACCCAUGCACAUUGUGUAAUCUUAUUUACAAAUAGUUAGCUUGCUUCCUAGAAUUUGGCAUGGUGCUUGUAAUUGAGCUGUGUUCAGAAGAUUAGUUGUCAGUCAGAUUUAUUGGUAUCCCCCUGUGUUGACCAUGGGCCAGGUGUCGGAUUGAAAUCUAACUCUUGAGUUGGGGGAGGGAGUAACACUUAGUAGCCUGUUGCUCUCCAAGCCCUCCAACUUUACUAAGAAAAUCAACAUGGGAUGUUAGAUGCAUAUGAAUGUUGUAUUCCACUGCACAGCAUGGUGCUGAGAGUGACUUAGUUUUACUGCAGUCUUAGACAACAUCUAAUAUCUCUAUCCUGACCACUGUCAUGUGUUAGGUCUUUCUCUUUCCGCAAUUUGUUAGAGGUUUGUGUACAGUAUGUUAAGUGCCUUAAGCCAUUUUACUGUCAUGAAUACAUUUUAUGUGGUGUAUACUAUUCCUCAGGCCACAGGGAUCUUGCUGACAGUCAUAAAAGAAAUAUGCCUUUUUACUGCACAGAAUAAAGAUUGAACUUGUAUUCCACGCUGCUAUGAAGGGGGCAGUUUAGGUUUCACACACUGAUGUUGAUGCCCCACUUGUAACAUCUUUGCCUUUUUUUUUUCUUCCAGAAAGAGGAGUCUGUCUGCCCACUGUGUCUCUAUGGAUACUCUUUGUGUACAUAGAGGCUGCAAUCAGAUUCAAAGACCUGAAGAACUUCCAUGUGGACCUAUGUCGUCCUUUUGCAGCACACUGGUGAGCCACAGAUAUUUUGUUUGAAUAGAAAAACAUGUCAAGAGGGACUGUACAUUGUCACUGGUCUCCCAGCUUGAUUCUGUUAUCAAUUAUCAAUCAUCCUGAUUCAUCAUGAAUUGAUGCACAGGUGUACACAGGUUCGGGUAGCAGCCACGUCAAGAUGACUUUCCUCAAAAUAUUCCAGAUUAGAAUCAUGACAAGAUAAACUCAUCACCUACAUUACUUUCUUUUCUAAAACGACACUUAAAUGUUGAAUCUCAUGGUUUAUUGAUUGUUGUUGAUGACAAAGUAGGCUUCAUAAUUUUAAAUCACCUUAAUGUAUAUACAAUAUUUAUAGGAAUAUACAACUUUCCUCACAGUUAGUAGGUUUCCACAGCUUAAACCCCUUCUAUCAAUAUUAUUUUUUGAACCUGCUAAAAAAAACUAUUGACCAUUAUUCAUGCGCCCCUCCCACACACAGUUGAGCCUCCUCUUUGUUGUACAGAGCAGUUUAUGACGCUUUUUCGUUUUGCCCUUACUGUGCCCAUCGCGCACACAGGAAAGUUCCCUCAACAAUCGGAGCAUUUACAGGAGGGAUGUUGAGUGAAUGCAAGAAAUUAUUAUUUGGUUGUUUUACGACACUCAGCUCCUCCCCCGCUGGCCAUAAGGAGAGUUUUUCUAAAUGGAGUGUUUUGGCCCUAAUACCCCUCUAUACUAUGUUGUGAGGAAAGAUUCCUGUAACACCCCAAUUAAUAAUGAAAUGUUCAUUUUGAUCCAUAAAAAAGAGAUGCACCUGAGUUUGUUGUUAUGUUUAUCUCUGUAGCAUUGGUUAUCCGGUGGUCACACUUGGCUUCGGCUUCAAGAGCUAUGUAAGCUAUAAGAUGCGCCUUCGGAAACAGAAGGAGGUGCAAAAGGAGAACGAGUUUUACAUGCAACUUUUGCAACAGGCUCUGCCCCCAGAGCAACAAAUGCUUCAGAGACAAGAGAGGGAAGCAGAAGAAGGUAAAAGUCAAACACACUCAAACAUAAACUCACGAGCUGCAAGUAUUGUUUCUGGUUUUUGAAAUCUGACUCUUACACUAACUUUUUUGUGCAAGAACAAAAAGUUCAUACGAUGGCAUUGGUCAGAAAAGCAUGACAUUUUGUAUUGAGUAUCACUAAAUACAGUGGAAAGUAUUCAAUCUAUCAUGGAUUUUGUUAAAUUUGUGGAUGAUAAAUUACAUAUCAGAGGCAGCAAGCACCAGAAUCUUAUUUUUAACUUUCUACGCUGGUUCCUGUGUGAAAGUAAAUAUGUAGGAGACCUUGAGAGCUUGCAGCGUUUGAUGUGAAAACUUGUGAAAUGGGAUCUGAGAAAAAGAAUUAUAACUUGAAUGAAAAAUGUUUGUCCUUUUUAUAUAAUUUUCACACAUUUGAUGGAUUUGAUGUCACAAAAAUUUUUUAUAUCGGAGAGCUUAAAGAACCUUUUCAAACUCGUAAGUGAAAAUUUUUACUUCAAAAAUUUUUUUGCACACUAGUAUUUUCAACUUAGUACAUUCAUAUCAAGUGGGAAUGAAAUCAUUCAUGCCAGUGAAUUACAAGUAAAGUCAAUGCAAAGACGCCAUUUGUCAUGCGUUCUACUCAGGCGCAAAUGAUGCGGUGCCAAUAGCACAAAUUUAUCAGACGAAUGCCGUAAAUUGGGUGGAUCAUAGGCGUGAAUGAUAUGAAGUCUGACGCGCUCGUCCCUACAAGCACUUGUUUGGGAGAGUUAGAAAUCUCAGAACUCAAGUGAAUGUUGGCACUGGGAUUACCAAUCACGAUCAAGAUACCCUGGUGACGCAUGUCAAAGACUGACCUGCAGGAGAUUCAUUCAUGUGGAAAACUGAGGAUUGACCUAAGUGACAGUAUGUGGCCACCUAGGCUGGAGGAUACAACUUGUCUGUGACACUGAGACACAGAGUUAAAAAGAGCUCAGCUGGAUGAAAGUGAGUGACGAGCUCUGAUUAUCAGAUUAUCAACUUAAAAGUGCUCACAUCGAAUCCUGCAAGCUCUCAAGUUUUGCUACAUAUUUAUCUUCAUACUUCUUGCUUAUAAGUACACAGUACAUAAGUUAUACUUCAGAAAUGAAGAAUAGCCGUGUGGUAAAGGAGGAUAUAAAAUCUCUGCCUUAUUACAUCAGUCAUAAAGAGUGACUACAUACACUUUAACCUCUCUUUUCCUUAUACAGCAGCUGCAGCAGCAGCAAAAGGAAUAUCCGAAGUGGACACAACUCCAGUAUCACAGAAUGGUGCUCCAGCAAAUAAAAAGGCAUCUGCACCAAUGCCGGAGUUAGAAUAUAGAGAAAAAGGGAAAGAAGGAAGGAGUGGCGGGGAUGCUAAAAAGCAGCACAACAGCAUCCUACCAUCGUCAGUGGACUCUAAACUCCAGGAGAUGGAGUACAUGGAGAACCAUAUGAACAACAAGAGACUGACAGAGCUGGGCAGCACAGAGAACCUGUUGCUUAAAGAGGACAACAAUUCCUCCUGCUCAUCCUCAUCAUCCUCCUCCUCCAAAAACUACAAAAAUGCUAGCAGCAAUGCAGCAACAGUCAACUCCUCCCCCCGCGGCCAUAAUGCUACCAAUGGCAGUGUGCCCUCCUCUGCCUCAUCAGCUUCCUCUUCUAUGGGGAAGAAUGAGAAGAAACACAAGUUAGCAGUGGGGAAAGGGAAUUCGGGUGGCCCUCACAGGGAUCCCACGGACAACUGUAUCCCUAAUAACCAGCUGAGCAAGCCAGAAGCACUUAUUAGGUAAGAAAGAAAUACACAGACACAUACUAAAGAAGACAAAUGUUAUCGCCAAAUUAUUUUACAGUCUACCAUACAAUCAAUGACAUCACUCCCCUAAAAAAUUUACUAAUAUAUGUAUUAUUAUAGAGAUAAAUCCAUUUUUAAGUUUAGCAAAUGAAGCUUUACAUUGUAAAGACCUACCAUGAGAAUACAAAAAGCAAAUACUUUGAAACACUGGCAGGGAUAAACACUUAGAGCCACAGUCAUGGGCGAGUAGCUAACUACCAGGAUCCAUCCAUCAGUUGUGACUGUUUGGGCAGAGUAGUGUGAUAGAGGUAGAGACCAAAAAAGUGAUGUGGAUAGACAUGAAAACAAAUCAACAAACAAUAAAAAUUGAUUACUGAGUAUAACCUUAAGAUUGCAAAUGAUAAUGGUAGAAAUCGUUAUUAUAAUAGUUGUCUGCAGGUGCUGGGGUCUGAUGUUAUGAUCCUCAUGAACUGUUGAGACUUUAGUAAAGGCAUAUACCGAGUAUGGAAUCAGACUCCAACAUCUCUUCCAGAGUAAAGACAAAUGUUGUUACUCUGUUUUCUGUAAAUUGGUUUGUCACAGUAUUUGCUAAGUACCUCUCUGUUAUUUCCAUUGUGACAACCGCACAGGACAACACCUAAACCUUAAAACAAAACACAUUGUCACUAGUACAAGCAGAAACCGCAAUUGCAUUCAAUACCUCAACAAAAAAAUGGAAAUAACAUGAGGCUAAGUAGAAGGCUUAUUGGUACAGGGUUUUAACUUUUAUACUCCUUUUACUUUACAAAUGAUCAGCUGGAAUCUCAAAUGUUGAUUUUAAAUGUAGGAGGCAGAUGGCAGGGUGCAAAGGGGUGGAUUAUGUUCUUGACAAAAGGAACUGAAUGAGCACACAAAUAAUAUAGUAUCAAAAACAUUACAUUGACUUGACAGUUACACAAAUUCUCAUUCUGCACCAGAUAAUGGUUGCUAUUGGAUAUCAGCAGGCAUCCAUCAAUACACCUGCUUUCAAGCCGCAACUCUGAACAUCACAUGGUCCCAACCAGAUGAUGAGUUUAAGAGCAAGUAACCAUGAGGAUUUGACCACAUCAUAGGCAUAGGAAACUUGGAUUUUAGGCUUAACAGAGUUAGCAUACUCUCUAAAUUUACCAAUAGUAACCCCCCCUUCUGAUCAUACUGUAACACCAAGGGUUGCAACCUUUUUAUUCUGCAUUUAAUUGCAUAAUGUUGACUUAAAAUCAGUUGAAGUUGUUGUAAAACGGUAAGUUUUUUCAAUCAGGAUUGACAGUGGAGAGUAAUUUUAAAGAUAUUAUUAAUUUGUUAAUAGUUUAAUUACUUUACACCAACAUCAAGCCUCUCUUUCUAAGAACAGAAUUGGAAGAUCUGAUGUAGACACAUAUUUUUAAAAACAAACUAGCAAAAUGUUGGAGUAGCAUUCUCACCAACUCUCUUCUUCAUUCAUUUCCUCGUCCGGUAUAGAUUGGAGCAAGAUGUUAAGAAGUUAAAGGCAGACCUUCAGGCCAGCCGGCAGGUUGAGCAGGACCUGCGCAGCCAGAUUGGCUCCCUGGGCAGCGCAGAGCGCUCCAUACGCACUGAGCUGGGCCAACUGCGCCAAGAGAAUGAGCUUCUGCAGAAUAAGUAAGUUGAGAUGCCAUUUAAUGGAUAAAAGGGGAUUACACCAGUGGUAUCAUUUUUCCAGGGGAUAUUACUUACUGUGCAUCAGUGUGUUCAUUGCCCUGCUUUUGUAGAAAUUACUACAAUGGAAAAAGAUUAAACCAUGUUAAUACUUGGUGCUCAACAGCUUUAAACUCGAGAGCUAAUUCCUGCUUGAAUGAUGUUUGCAACAUCAACCUGACAUGAAUAUUUAUGAACCAACUGGAUGGACCUCUCAAAUAGCUUCUUAACCCAUUAUAUUUGCCUGUACACUUGUAGGCUUCAUAACGCCGUGCAGGCAAAGCAAAAGGACAAGCAGGUAGUUGGCCAAUUGGAGAAGAAGCUCAAAGCAGAACAGGAGGCCCGAGCUACUGCUGAAAAACAGCUUUCAGAGGAAAAGAAGCGAAAGAAGAUAGAGGAGGCCACAGCAGCAAGAGCAGUAGCGCUGGCAGCAGCAUCCAGGUAAUCGCACAUCUUUGAGGUAGAGGGUACUCCUUCUACUUGUUGCUUGUUGUCAUUCAUGAAUCGCGCCACCAUAGACUGACCAUUUUUUUUGCCUUUUCUAUUUUCAGAGGGGAAUGCACGGACACGCUACGGCGGCGGAUCACUGAAUUAGAAACAGAGUGUAAAAAACUAACAAUGGACAUCAAGCUGAAGGAGGACCAGAUCAGAGAGCUUGAAUCUAAAGUUCAGGUAAUGUUUUUCAGUCAAGUGGAAAUGGAAAAAACAAAGAAUUUUACUGUGCUAUAAUAGAUAGAUAGAGAUUUAAUUGUUGGUGCAGAGUUUGCUAUUUGAAAAAUGUACUAUCUAGUCUUGUCAGUAGCCUCCAGACAUGACAUGUACUAUGUUUUGUCCACCAUCUCAGGAACUUCAUAAAUAUAAGGAGAAUGAAAAAGACACAGAGGUGCUCAUGUCGGCACUGUCAGCCAUGCAAGACAAGACACAGCACCUUGAGAACAGUCUGAGUGCAGAGACCAGGAUCAAACUGGACCUCUUCUCUGCUCUGGGAGAUGCCAAGAGGCAGCUUGAGAUUGCACAAGGUCAGCAUGAUUCCAAUUUAAAAAAGGGUUUGAAGGUGGUACUUGGAGUUCAAAAACACCUACAAAUUUGGCCACUGUUGUAAGGUUAUCCUUUUAUUUUGAACUAUCCUAUUUCUGUCUUAAAGGUCAGAUCCUGCAAAAGGACCAGGAGAUAAAAGAUCUGAAGCAGAAGAUAGCAGAAGUGAUGGCAGUUAUGCCCAGCAUCUCAUACACAGCCGACACCAGCAGCAUGACCCCCGUUGCCCCUCACUACUCCUCCAAAUUCAUGGACACCAAUCCCUCUGGCCUGGACCCCAACGCCUCUGUCUAUCAGCCACUGAAAAAGUGAACGCUUUGUCCUGCCCUAUCCCUUCCUCCAUCUUCCUGUCAGUUUAUUAUCCCCGCAGACCCACCACCUUCCAAUCUGCUCGGCAUAUUUGCAGCUGAGAAUUUUCUUUUUCUUGGGUUUUACUUUUCUCCACGCCAGGUCAGAAGGAUGUUGUGUUGUGUGACUGUAUUUGUUGUAGUUAAAACAAAAGACAAAAAAACAAAAAAACUUUAAUCAGACAUCACAUGUGAACUAGGAAGUCCCAUUUUUUUUUUCUCCCAAGUGUUAAGUGAAACCUCACAGAAUCAGGUAUGUAUCUUCAUCUCAAGGGUGUUGCAAUAUCUUUCCAUGAGAACCCCAGUGCAACAACCUGCAAUCAGUUCCCCUCGCUCAUUUGCCCUGGGAAACUUGUAAUGCUUUUAGGUUCAUCUUUUCUCUCGUAAAACUGCAAAACAGCGUUCUUUAUUUUUAUCAUACAGCCUUACUCAUUACCCAGUUCCUUUUGAAAGAUUGUUUUUCCUGAGGUAAUAACGGUAACAUCAGAACAACCAAAGGGAAUGUAGUGCAAAGUUGGCACAGAAUUUAACACCUGAUAUAUUUCAUUUAUAUUUUUGGACAUAUUGACCCUGCUUUCAGCUGUUUUUUUUUUUUUUGAGUUUGGGGUAAGUUCUGAAGGUUUGUUGUGUAGUUCCAUUUGUUCACUUGUUCAGAUUUAAGAGUUGUUUUCAACAAAUUUGAAAAUCUUGUGUUGUAAGAAGAAAGAGAGCCUCCGCACCUAAUUGACCCCAAGCAGUUUGUCUUUUUCAAUAUAACUGAAAAUACAAGUUAAGUUUCCCCGCUUAAAUAUUUAUUUUGAAUUGAAAGAGUGCAGCAAGAGGAGUCUGUGUUGUGUACCAGCGUCUGUGCAGGGCUCUUCAUACUCUUUCAUUAGUUGUCAUAAACACUGUGCCUUGAGUUAAAGACAUGGAAUGAGUUGAAUAACAGGAUCCAAUUGGCGUGACCCUUUUUGAAAGAGAAGACAAGUGUGUGGCUAUGCUAAAAAGGAUCAGAAUUUGACUUUAUACAGUAAGGGACAAAGUUGCCUUGGGAUGUUGAUGUGAUUUUUGGACUACCUGCUCUUAGGGAAUCGUGGUCAAAUGUGGGUGGCCUUGUUCCUCAUAUUGAAAACCUAAAACAAAUUUGAUAAAUACAGUAGACAGCACUGAGUCUGAGACAUUUCACCAUAGUCCUGUUAGCCUACUGUAAUUUAGUUGACAUGUUAGCCACCACAGAGUCUACUACAUACAGGUCUCCUGUUCAUUACAUGUCCACUCACAGCUCAACUCUUCUUUUGUUAGACUCCAAAUAUGUAGGUGCAACUGCAGCCCUAUCCUUUUUUUCCAAGUUAAAAGUUGCACUAUAUAAAAAAAAACACAAGCUGUUUGAAAGGGAAAACUGCAUAGACGGACUGUGCAAUGUAAACAUUUCAGAAAUGCCAAUUCUGUUAUAGUAGCCUAUUUUAUUUAGUUAAUCAUUCAGUUCCUGUGCCAAGAUUUAAAUGCUUUUUUUUCCAAGUAAUUUUCUCAUGAAUGUACUGCAAAUACAUUGGCCAACAUGUUUGUCAAAGAGCCAGUUGAAUAUGACUUGAUGGAAGUUUCUGUUAAGCAGGCAGAGAAAAUGGUUACCUGUUUGUAGUAGACUGUGUAGUUUAAAUUAAAGGACUAGAAAGUCAAUUUCUUUUGUGAAUGUUACAGUAUUUACAACUGUUGGGCAUGUGGCUGUUUAAAAUCCAUUUUCUUAACUUCCUGUUUCUGGUAUUGUUAUUUUUCUGCAGGGAGAAAUAUUGCUUAAGUCUGAUGUGGUUUCACCAUUAUCUGAGAUGGUCAAUGUUAUGCGUGUAAUUUUCACCUAUUGUAAAUGGAGAAGCUUUUUUUGGCUCAGAGUGCUGUCAUUGGCUCCUUGAAAAAAGUGAAAUUACAAAUUAGUCAGUUGUUUGGUCAACUGAUUGUUGAAAGCAUAGAGAAGUGUUUUGUUUGUUUUUUGUUUCUAUGCCCACAGUCACUGCUGUGUUUCUCCCCAGGUCUGACCUUGGCUGUGGUCUCGCUCUGUGAGGUUUACAAGGAAUAAACAUUUUUUCUCGCAAAUUGACUUUUCCUCCUCUGCUCCUACUUCAGCCAUUUCUCUAGACCUGUGGUUCUCAAGUCCAGUCCUCGAGGCCCACUGUCCUGCAUGUUUUGGAUGUUCUCCUGCUCCAACACACCUGAUUCAAAUGAUCAGCUCGUUAUCAAGCUCUGUAAUGGCUUAAUAACGAGCUAAUCAUUUGAAUUAGGUGUGUUGGAGCAAGGAAACAUCCAAAACAUGCAGGAUAGUGGGCCUCGAGGACUGGACUUGAGAACCAUUGCUCUAGAUAAAUAAAACAGCAUUAUAAUUACCACAUACAUAAUUUUUACAAGAGAGUUGAUUAAACUUUGAUCAGAAGUCUUUACAAACAAGAUCGUAACAGACCUAUCAAAGACCAGUGUUAUAUCUAGGCCUCCAUUGUUUACAGUUAUUUGAUUGUUUCUUCACUUUAUAGAAUUUCAAACUAAAAUAUCAGACUACACCAAAAUCACUGCUUGGACAGUCCACCAGCUUUAUAUUAGUGUGACAGUUUUUCUAAUUUCCUUUAUCCGAUCCAGUAAUGAUGAAAAAACUUGAGUAUAAAUGAAGUUAAACAAUAUCUAAUAUUGUAUUCUAUAGUAAUGUAAUACACAAGUAAAAGGGACAAAGCUUAAAACAUUUUAUUGCAUUGUAAAGCUGUUCAUAACUGGGUGCUACUGAUUAAAUGAAGACAUGCUUUUGUCACUAGGGGGCAGUGUCUAUGAAGUGUAGUUUGAGAGAACUUCUAUCCCCCAGGACUGAUUAUCAAACGUGAAGAACCACGUCAUUUUAUUUUUUGGACACCAGAAAAUCUAAUGCAGUUAUGUUUCUGCUGACUCCUUAUCAUGGUUUAGUAAAAGCAGUAUGACCAGUUCUCGUUAUCCAGCAGUUCUGUGUGACCAAUGGUGGCUAUCCAGUAGAACUGGAUUGGAAGGUAAAUGAAUCUGGUACAAAAACUGAAUAAUAUCAGAGGGUAAUUUGAUGUAUUAAAUGAAUAUGAAAGCCUAA